AGAGUGUCCAUCUCCAUUUCCUGGACUUACUCUCGUCUUUUUAUUACAUCGUCCAAUUCAACUUGAGGUUAAGCAGCUUCCAAGACACAGAAACUCAUAGUUCCCUGUAUCAAACAAUGCCACAAACCGAGAAUUACAAAAGCCUCCUGCGCAAUAGCAUCCACUUCCCAACAUUCAGCGACCUUCCGGAUGAGAAUGAAGUCCCUUCCACCUACUACGAAGAGGGUCCACCAUCCACAUUUUCACCCAUACAGCACUGGUGCUUCCUCGGCGAGAUUGUCGCCUCGAUCGGUCUGACCCGCGUCCUAUUGCGGGUAAAGGAUAAAGAUGGUCAGGUCAUUACCAUCGGGCUGCACACAGAUGACCGCGGACGGCCGCUCGUUCCGCAAAUCAAGGAAGGUCACACAGUUGCUGUACUGUAUGGUCAACAACAUGGCUUCCUAGACAUGAGCGUCGGCAUACGCGUCGAAGAAGACGGCCUUCUCAAAAUCAUACCAUGCUCGCUCGACCAACUUCUGAAGGCAAGUGAUGUGGUUGCACUGCGCAAGGAUCAGUCAGGAUGCUGUGGGUAUUGUGGUAAAGAGGAGAACACCUCUGACAGUACGCCCUUGCUCUUGUGUUCCCGCUGCAAACAAGCAUCAUAUUGCGGGGAGGUGAGCGUUGAUGAUGUUUUUUCCAAUUCAAGAUGCGUGUCUGACUCGAGCC